GUCGUUGCCAGCAUCCGCCAUAUGUAUUGGAGAACUGUCACCGAUGUCAACAUUGUGAUAUCGGAGCAUGACUUACGACUUACCGAGUGUGUCCUACAUGGCACUGUAUAUUGUGUCCAUGCACAUCGUCAGCAGUAACUCUCGGAGCUCAACAGGUGCUAAUCAUUGGAGGCUCAAUGCAGACGAGGGCAAAGUAGUCCAAGCCGAGGAAUCGGAAAACGACGGAUUUUUAGAGGAUGGGUUGAUGACAAUACUUACACGUAAAGUAACUGAAAAUGGUGAAUGGAGAGUGGAAGACGAACAAAAACAAAUACCAUGUGACAGAAUAACAGACAGGACUGUUUCAAGUCCCAUAGAAAAUAAACCUCCUCCUGAAAAGAAAAAGCUGACUUGUGGUAAACCAGUAAAUUAUACUCAAUAUGAUCAUUUACGAGGAAUUGCUAACAGGAAUGAACAUAGCCACAUCCCAGAACCAGAGGUUGCUAUGAUGUUUCGGAGGAAGGGUAGUAAAACGUCAGAAAUAGAUAUGACUGAACUGGAGGAAAGACUAAAGAAAUCAAAGAAAGAGAAACCUAAAUCAGUACAGACUCACAGCCAAAUAGGAAAUUUUUGGAGAAUAAAAGGCAACAGUCUGUUUGCGAUAGAGUGUUUCCGGAAGGCACUGUCUAUAUCACCUAAUAACCCAGAGGUUUUAUUGUAUCUCGCUCGGGUACUGUUUAACCUACAGUAUUUGGACGAUGCUAUAUUCUUAACGCGGCGCUCGUUAGUGAUGCAGCAGCCGAACAGUGAGAACUCAUGGCUCCAACACUACACACUAGGGGAGAUACUCAAAGCCUACGGACAUUAUCAGGAGGCUACCCUCCAUUUUAGACAUGCACUAGAUUUGAAUCCUGGUUACCAGCCAGCAGAGGCCCACCUGCGGGAGAUGGAUGGGGCACCUAACCCUUCUGUCACACAGUACACACUAUUUAUCAUCUUGUUUCUGGUACUAGGAGUAAUUUUUGGAGUUAUCACAUCUAUAGAAGCCAACUUUGAGGACAGCAGCGAGGUGAAAACACAACGGCACUUCAACAGAGCCAUGGCCAUGCGAUCAAUUAAGCUGGGGAUCAAUCCACGUCUAAUAAGGAUGAGGAAAAUGAACUGCUAAAUACCAUUUCGCACAUAUAUACAACAGAGUCUGUCAUAGUCUGUCAUAUUGGUGGUACACUUUUUUCGCAUGAUGAGAUUGACUGGAAAUAACUGCACACAUUCUGUCAAAACCAUACUAUUAUAUGAUAAUGGUUGAACAUUUUUUAAUGGCAUUCAUAGGAAAUAAUAUAGGCUGUUUAUCUAAGUACACUGAUUUCUCUGUAAAAUACUGCAGUUUUUAGUGAAGUUUUAACAAUGAUGUUGUUACUGAUAAUAUUAUCAGAGUUAUCUCCCUUCAACUAUUGUCCGGAGACAAUUUUCAAUGUUUUGAACAAGAGUUUUAUUUUUCAAACGUACAAAAUGCACAACAUUUUCAUUAGUGCUUAUAAUAGUUAUUACCAUCAAUGGAUAUAUAUUGUAAUAGUUAUAUUGGUGAUAAUAUUGUUAAGAAAUGAUUAGUCAUGCAUGUAAAUAUUUUAUUAGAGGUAUUAUUGAAAAAAAGAAUUUGAAAUGUGUAACUUUGGUUAAAUGUUAGUAGGAUAAGAAAUGGAACAAACCCAUGUAAUAUCGGUUUCAGGAUACAUAGAAAAUAGAGAUCUAACACAUGCGUUCAGAAUCAUCCUGAUAAGCUGUCAGCAGUUUUAUGUUUACUUUCAAUGUUGUGUAAACAAAAGAAUUUGUUCUUUUGACCAAAAUGAAGGUUUUAGGUUUUAAUGUUUUAAGUGAUCUUAUAAUCAAAACGUGUUUUUGCUUUUUAUUUGAACAUGUAACCCAGUAAAAUCUUUAAUAUUCAGUGAGAAAAUAGGUGAAAUAUCAAUAUUGUAUUGUGUUCAUAUAUUGUUUGAUGAAGGGAACCACAGAGUUUUCAAUUUCUACCAAUGCCCCAUUUUUCAUAACUGUAUGAUGAGUGCUGCAUUUAGAUGCCAGACAAGUCAAAACCCUGAAGAAAAUGCAAAAAUAUAUUAAUGUUUUCCCAAUAUUUUAGAAUAUUGGUGUAGUUAAGCCUUAUCCGACUCCAAUAUUUAAAGAUAUUACAUGCUUUACUUUUUGUUUUUAAUCUGAUUUUUUGUUUGCUUUUUGUUUUAAUAUCCUCUAUAAUGUCUUCCAAUCUCAGUGGUUGUAUACAUUUGCUGCUAAAAGAUCUUAUAUUGUCUAGAAAACAGCUACACCAAGUAUAUUCGUGUAUAAGUAAUAGAUAUGUAGGUGCUAUACAAAUUGGACAUAUGUUCAAUAUUACUUUAUAACGUAUGUGUUUUACAAUAACCAUAUUCGACCUAUUAAGCUCACCUGCCCCUAUAAGUGCACCCCCACCUUUUUCCAGGAUGGGUGGAUAGUUGUACUAAUUCAAACAUAAAAAAGGUUCUACCCCACUGUUCAGUUAUUAUAAUCUUCAAUCUUUUAACCAAAGACUGGAUUGUUUUUGCUACAUAAAGAUAAAUAUGUCAAUUAAAAUGUUUUCAAAUGGAAACUUUUCUAUGCACAUGGUUUUAUUAAACAUACAGUUUGCAUAUUUGGUUUAAUAUGGUAAUUUAAAUUAAGCAUUGAUAAACUAUAACUGAGUACUCUUAGACUACAAUAUUGUUAAAUAAGAUAGGGUAUACAGCUGUUGUGAUAUAUAGAGAUAGGGUAUAGUGAAUAUUAGAGAUAUUGAACAUUUUUAUUCUUUUGAAAAACUUCUUCAUAAUCAAAUAUUGACAACAACCAAAUCUAAGUUGCAGUCCUUUGCCCAUCCGCCAAUUUCCAUCUCUGAUACACCUGCAUGUGUAUUACACAUAGAAGAAGUAUUUGUUGUGAAAUACAAAUAAUUAUCAUCAUCGAGUAAAUUCUGAACAGAAAUCAUAAGGAUAGAAGUGUACUCCUUACAUGGACUUAGUAUGGAUUCCUAACCUUCCAGCUUUCUCAAUCAAGUAUCUAUAGCUACCCAAUGACUUAGUCAUGUCUUGUGUCAGUAUAAUAUGGGGCAAUAUUUAUCUCAAAACAACAUAUAUAUGAAAGUAUUGAGCUGAAAUAGAUAUAUAUAAUAUUGAUUUUCCUGGAUAGUAACAUGCCACUGCUAUGUUGUCAUUCUCUGUGGCUUGUACACAUACUGGAUGUUGAUAUAAAUACUGACACAAAUAAAUCUUGUUUUUUAAAUCCAAGACCAUGCAACUACCUUUAAACAAUGUAUGUUGUCGUCUUCUUGUUAAAUUUUUCCUUCUUUUGAUAAAGAGCCAGAUAGAAUCUACCCUGCCAAACAUAUGUUGUCAUCCUGUUAAGUUUUGUCUUCCUUUCAUGGUUGAGCCAGGUAGAAUCUACCCUGUCAAAGGUCUGUUGUUCUCCCAAAUAGGAUAGUUAUGUUUCCCAUUUUAAGUCUCUGUUUAUUUGACUGGUGCCAUUUGUCACUUAAAAGUCCCAAAGUCAGUGGACAUGAUAUUAAAGAAUUCAAUGAA